GUAUUUGAGCUAUAACGACGAGGAUACAGGUUCGACUCCUAUAAAGCCCGAGGAAAGGAACCUCUCCAGCGACUACAUGCCAACAGAGAGUCGCGCAUCGAACCCCAACACAAAAGUUUCCAAGCAAAAAUGCCUUUCCCAAGUGAUGAAGUUUUGAUGAAGACAGCUGCCGAUAUAGUGGCUGGAUUUCAAUCUGUGUUUGGAAAACACGCUGGUUACCGACCAGCUCAUGCCAAAGGAAAGAUCUUCAGUGGAAUAUUCACGCCAUCUGAGGAAGCUAAGAAACUGAGCAUAGCACCACACUUCAACAAACCAAGCACGCCAGUUUGGGUACGCUUUUCCAACUCCACCGGAAUCCCCAACAUUCCCGACACAGAUCCCAAUGGCGACCCACGAGGAAUCGCAAUCCGUUUCCAUCUCGGAGACCGCAAACACACAGAUGUUAUCAGUCACUCAGUAGACUUCUUCCCAACUCGUACCGGCGCUGAGUUCCUCGAGUUCCUGCAGGCUCUGAUGGGAGGCACUGCCGGAGAAUUUCUCGGCUCUCACCCACCUGCUAUGGCAUUCGUGCAGGCUCCAAAGCCACCCCCAGUCAGCUUCGCUACACUGAAAUACUUCAGUGUUACAGCUUUCAAGCUCAUCGAUGCUGCUGGAAAAGAGACUUUCAUUCGCUACCAGUUUGUUCCGGACGCGGGUGUGCAGAGUCUGGAUGCCGAGGCCGUGAAGGAAAAAGGUCCAAACUAUCUUCAAGAGGAGGUUGAGGCUCGUGUUGCCAGUGCACCUAUUGGAUUCAAGCUCGUUGCGCAGGUUGCAACCGAAGGGGAUGUGACAGACGAUGCGACUGUUCACUGGCCUGCCGACAGGCCUAUCGUUGAACUUGGAAAGUUCACACUCGACGCUGUUGUUCCGGAGAAUCUGAAGGAACAGAAGUACAUUAUCUUCGAUCCUAUUCCGCGUGUGGAGGGUGUUGGACCAUCCGACGACCCACUUUUGGAGAUGAGAGCUGCGAUUUAUCUGAUUUCGGGCAAGCAGCGUAGGGCUGCCGAAUACGCAGAAUAGAGGGUUCCAUAUGAAGGCUUGCUUUAGUUGGCUAGGAUAAAUGAACAGACCCUAAACCAUUCCCACCUC